GAGAACUUCACUCACUCACUUGGUGGGUGUGUACAUAGGUCUACUGGCAUAAAACACUUCCAAUCAACUCAGCCGGCAUAUGGAGUGGAAAGGUUACCUACGCGUCCGAAAAGCCUCGAAAAAAUCAAGUUAACUGAGUCGAUUCGUCAGUCGCGCCUAUCAAACGAUCUACAAGCAGCCAUCCAUUAUCAUUUCUCCAUCAUCCCUUUUUAUGUGGCUAUACGACGACGAAGCGUAGAACUUUCAGUGUUCAUUUGCCAACCGUUGGCAUCGGUUCUGGUUCUCGGUGGCGCUCUAAUUCGUUGCUCUUUAUUAUUUAAUACAUACAUUGCUCAUUACAAACUUGUACUUGUGCUACAUACCUACCUACCUACAUAGUUUAUUAUACCGCUUUGAACCGCACAAUUCUUGAAAGUAUCAGGUUCGAAGUUUUUUUAAAAUUUCAAACUCGCAAUACACUUGUGGAGUUUCUUAUUUAAACUAAAAAAAAAAAAAAAACGGCUGGACUUAAAGACUACAUACAUACAUAUGUAUGUACAUAUGCUAAAAUAAAAAAAAUAAAAACACAAAGCGUGCUUCCUGUGAAACACGUGGGUUUUCUGCGAGCCACUAACUACACCGAGCGCGAUCACUGUGAUCACAUUUUGCCAGACAUCGCCAGAGAGCCCAUACAAAAGUGCCUCACAUAAGUAUAUACAAAUGUAUGUACAUACGAAUGCCUUGUAUGAGCUUGUUUGAAUAAAAAGCGGACCUACAUACAUAAGUACGGAGUGACGUUAUUGAUUAGUUAAAAAAAAAAAUCGCCCAUUACUAACGACAUUCGGUUUGUGCCCUGUGCGUAGUUUCGCUAUUGAUGCUUUGUGGAAAUAAAUUUUAAUUAAAUUAAGCACUUGGCGAGUGUUAAAACUUAUUGUCGAUUAAAAUUCGUACGUAUAUUUAAACAAAAAAGUGACAAAAUGUCUUCGAAAACAGCACUUGUUGGUGGCAAGCAAUUGUUGGUCGUUGGCAGUGGCGGUCGUGAGCACGCGAUUUGCUGGAAACUAUCACAGAGUGAGCAGGUGGUUAAAAUCUACGCGCUACCCGGCAGCCAUGGCAUUGCCCAAGUACCGAAGUGUUCCAAUCUCAGCGGUGUAAAUGCCAAAGACUUUCAGGGUAUUGCCAAUUGGUGUAAGAAACAAUCCAUAGACUUGGUUAUCGUUGGUCCGGAGGAUCCUCUCGCCAAUGGGCUUGGCGACGCUCUCAAUAAGGCUGGAGUACGUUGUUUUGGUCCCAACAAAAAAGGCGCCCAAAUAGAAGCGGAUAAAAAAUGGGCUAAGGACUUUAUGCUGCGUCACAGUAUACCCACGGCGCGUUAUGAAUCUUUUACCGAUGUGAAGAAAGCUAAGGAGUUUAUUAACAACGCAUCCUACAAGGCACUCGUCGUCAAAGCCGCCGGUCUUGCGGCCGGCAAAGGCGUAGUAGUGGCAGCAGACGCUGCCGAGGCCUGUCAAGCAGUCGAUGAGAUACUGGGCCAACGCAAAUAUGGCAAUGCUGGCGAAACAGUUGUUAUUGAGGAACUACUCGUCGGCGAGGAAGUUUCGGUACUCGCCUUUGUUGAUACUCACUACGCUCAAGCAAUGUUACCCGCGCAAGACCAUAAACGUCUACGCGAUGGUGACGAGGGUCCUAAUACUGGCGGCAUGGGUGCCUACUGUCCCUGUCCAUUGAUACCACCCGAUGAUUUGGAACGCAUCAAUCGAGCUAUAUUGCAAAAAGCCGUGGACGCUCUACGUCAAGAGGGUAUACACUAUUGUGGUGUACUCUAUGCGGGCCUAAUGCUAACUGCUGAUGGUCCCAAGGUGUUGGAGUUUAAUUGCCGCUUUGGCGAUCCAGAAACACAGGUUAUACUGCCGCUACUCGAGACUGAUUUGUAUGCAAUAAUGAGCGCUUGUGUUGAGAAUCGUUUGAAGGAAGUUACGCUUCAGUGGCGAGAGGAUGUAAGUGCCGUGGGUGUGGUCAUGGCCAGUGCUGGCUACCCAGAGACCUCGACAAAGGGUUGCAUUAUCGAGGGUGUGCCGCCUCUUACGGCCAAUGAGCUGAUCUUUCAUAGUGGUGUAGCUGUUGACAAGGCCGGUCGGUUUCUCACCAAUGGCGGACGUGUCCUUAUAGCGGUGGCACUGCGCAAGGAUUUGCGGCAAGCAGCAGCGGAUGCAACUAGGAUAUGCCAAGGUAUCACAUUUGUAGGCGGAGCGGCACAAUUCCGAACCGAUAUUGCGGAGAAAGCAUUCAAAAUGCUGAAGGCGAACAACGCUCCGAUGCUUAAGGGGCUCUCCUACAAGGACAGUGGUGUUGACAUAGACGCAGGCGACGAUCUGGUGCAACGCAUAAAACCGUUGUCGCGCGGAACGCAACGACCUGGCGUCGUAGGUGGUCUGGGAGGUUUCGGUGGAUUGUUUCGCCUUAAUGAGCUAAACUAUACAAAUCCGGUUAUAAGUGAAGCUAUCAAUGGUGUGGGCACGAAGAUAAAGCUUGCGCUCGAGCAGAAAAUGUACGAGAGUAUUGGCUAUGAUCUGCUCGCCAUGUGCGCCAACGAUGUGCUGGAAUCGGGUGCUGAGCCAGUGGCCUUCUUGGACUACAUAGCUUGUGGCAAGCUGCAAGUGCCUGUUGCAGCUCAGAUUGUGAAGGGGAUUGCGGAGGGUUGCCGAGCCGCCGAUUGCGCUCUUUUGGGCGGCGAAACCGCAGAAAUGCCCUCAGUCUAUGAGGUGGGUAAAUACGACAUCGCUGGCUAUUGCGUAGGCAUUCUCGAGGCUGGCAAGGAGUUGCCGAAAUUUAAGCAGUACGAGGAAGGUGAUCUGCUGAUUUCGCUGCCAGCGAAUGGACUGCAUUGUGCAGGUUUUCAUGCAUUGCUGAAGCAACUAGAAGCGGCGGACAUCGACCAUGCGGAAAAGUGCGAGUUCGGCGAUGACACAAAGUCGUUAGGUCAACAACUUUGCGAACCAUCAAGGAUAUACGUUAAAGAAAUACUCGCACUCCUACGAGAAUGCGAUGUCAAAGCUAUAUCCCAUAUUGGCACAGGCUUACUACCAGACGUACAACGCAUUAUACCGCCGGACCACGAGAUCUCUCUGGAUUUCGGUGAUCUGAAAAUACCCACAAUAUAUGGUUGGUUAGCGGCUAAGCUGCGUCUGAGUCCGCAGACGCUUUUGGACAACCUAAAUUGCGGCAUUGGACUCGUGGUGAUUGUACCAAAGAAGUGCACCGUUUGGAAAUCCCUGCUUGGCGCCGGCGCUAAGGUGUUUGGCGUAUUGAAACGUAAAUUGCAGACGUGUCACCAAAAACACCAAAUCGAGGUACGCAACUUUGUUGAAGGCUUGGAGAAAAUCGCAGACCGUUUCGGCGGACUUUCGGAGAGGCAUGCGCGCACCUUGGAUGAGCCACACCAACGCGAUUUAGCAUUGGAACUUUGUGAUGGAGCCUUAACUCAGCAGCGUAACGGCUCGUUCACAACAAAGCUGGGCAGACGUUUGACGCCCGUGCCACAGACUUACAAGGAUCCGGUGUUAGUGUUGGGCACUGAUGGUGUGGGUUCCAAAAUUAAGAUUGCACAGCAAACAGACCGCAAUGGCACGGUCGGCGUAGACUUGGUGGCAAUGUGCGUCAAUGAUAUACUUUGCAAUGGCGCCGAACCGUUGACAUUUUCGAGCUAUUAUGCGUGUGGAGAUUUGGUCGAGGAGGUGGCAGCUACAAUUACGGGGGGCGUGAUUGAAGGUGCAUCACAAGCGGGCAGCAGUUUAGUGGAGACACACAUUGCCGAAGUGCCAUUACUUUACGCAUCCGAUGUUUACGACCUUGCCGGCUUCUCACUCGGUAUCGCCGAGUACCCGCGCCUACUGCCACGCACGGAUGAAAUUCGUGCUGGCGAUGUCCUUAUCGGUCUUCCGUCGUCGGGCGUACACAGCAACGGCUUCAGCCUCGUGCAUGCCAUUAUGAAACGCGCCGGCGUAACAUUUGAGGAUAAAGCGCCUUUCAGCCCCUACACAUUUGGCGAAGAACUUCUUACACCAACGCGUAUUUAUGUCAAGGCCCUACUUCCACUUCUGCGUCAGGGUUAUGUGAAAGCUUUGGCACACAUCACCGGUGGCGGUCUAACGGAAAAUAUACCGCGCGUGUUACCCAAAAACUUAGCCGUGGAACUAGACGCCACGCAAUGGAACAUCCCUCCAGUUUUUGGUUGGCUGGCGGCGCAAGGUAAUGUUGCGCCUGCUGAAAUGCAGCGCACCUACAACUGCGGCCUUGGCAUAAUUUUGGUGGUCGCGCCAGAACUGGAACAGUCCGUAUUGGCAGAGCUGCAAUAUUGUGAGCGUGCCGCGCACAUAGGCGUGGUAGUGCAACGCGCGCAGCCCGAAGCUCCGCAGGUUGUGGUGGAGAACUUCUCACGUUGUCUGAAGCGAGUGCAGGAGCUGCAGGGAAAGCCGCGCAAGCGCGUAGCUGUGCUAAUUUCCGGCACGGGCAGUAAUCUUCUAGCGCUUAUCGAUGCUUGUCGCGACACGUCCCAAGGCGUGCAUGCCGACAUUGUAUUGGUGAUAUCGAACAAGGCGGAUGUAUUGGGCCUUGAGCGCGCGAAAAACGCAGGCAUACAGGCGGUGGUGGUGUCACACAAGCAGUAUGCCAAACGGGAGGACUUCGAUGCGGAAAUGAGCAGAAAACUGGUUGAACAUAAUGUAGAUCUGGUGUGCUUGGCUGGUUUUAUGCGAGUAUUGAGUGAGCAAUUUGUACGCGAGUGGAGGGGUCGAUUAGUGAACAUUCAUCCGUCAUUGUUGCCCAAACAUCCUGGUUUAAAGGUGCAGAAGAAAGCGCUGGAUGCAGGUGACAAAGAAUCUGGAUGUACAGUGCACUUUGUGGAUGAGGGGGUUGAUACUGGCGCCAUCAUUGUACAAGCGAGUGUGCCCAUCCUUCCGAACGAUACCGAAGAGACCUUGACAAACCGCAUACAUAUUGCUGAGCACUUUGCAUUCCCUAAGGCAUUGCGUCUGUUGGCCACUGAUGCAGUCAAACUGAGCCAGGAUGGCAAAACGACUUUUACCUGAUUGUUUUUAAAAUUUUCAGUCAUACUUAUUUAGGGGAGAAUAAAAGUAUACACUAUAUGCAUUUUUCAGUUAGUAGAUAUAUGUAGAUAUGUAAGCUUAGGCUACUUUAAAGCACGAAUUUGUGGAGCAGCUGCGUAUAGCGUGUCUUUCUUGGUUAAAAUUUCUUAUACAGUUAAAACUUUCGGCCGUAUGAUAUUAGAACACAAGUCCCUAUAUACAUUAAGAAUGUAACAGUAAUGCAAUCUUUUUUUUUAAGGUCUUUGAUUGUAAUAAAAAUUGGCAAGUUUCUGAAACUCGAAAUAAAAACGCAUAAAGUACACAAAUUUUA